AUGUCGUCCGUCACCUCAUCCGGCUCAACCAUCAACUACAACCCGUUCGCCGACGCUAACCCUCCCGACGUGAACGACAUCGGCAACCUCAACAUCUAUGAGCGGGUUUCGGUUCAUCUCUCCCAGGCGGACUCCUCCUACUACGCGUGGAAGAUGUACUUCUCCCUCGUGUUCCGGGAGUACCACCUCGUCGACCAUGUGGACGGCUCCGUCGACUCCAGCCUUGUCCCCGACUUCCAUGACUGGUCCACCAUCGACGCCACGCUCAUCCGGUGGUUCUUCCUCACCAUCUCGCCGGACCUGUUUCAGACGGUCGUGCAAGACGGUGAUGACGCCCACGCCGUGUGGACCAAGCUGAACAGGCCCUUCACUGACAAUCGCCUUAAACGUCGCAUUUUUUUGCAGCAAGAGUUUUUUGGAUGCCACCAGGACAACUCCUCUGUCGACGACUAUUGUCGCCGCCUCAAGACUCUCGCUGACGAGCUCCACGAUAUUAGCGCGAAGAUUGACGAUGAUCUCCUCCUCAGCACGCUCACCGCUGGCCUCAACAAGGACUACGGCAACGCCGCGGCGAACCUCACCCUCGUCCUCGAGCCCUCCUUCGCCAAGUUCGUUACCUCCGGCUGGAGGAGCAGCGGACGAAGAAGGUGA